AUGGAUUCCAAGGCCCCCGCUCAGAGUUUCCUUGUCCUCUCGGCCCCCAGCUUGGCUCCAUAUGACCCUACAAUUGCUGCCAACAAGUUCCUGGUCUUGUCGCCCACUGAGUUUGGUCCUGACGCUCGUGUCUUCGAGGAGGCCAUAACUGAAUCCAACAUCGUCGACCAGGACCUUGAGCUGCACCGCUCGAACAGCAAUUCUUCUGCCUCAAGCCUGUCCACUGUGAGCACCAUCACUGACACUCUGCCCAAUGAGUUCCUCUACCUGGGCCACGGCAAGCCCAAGACUGGGCAGUAA